UAAAUAUAUAUAUAAUACGAGGUCUGUCCGGAAAGUUCGUAUAAAAGUGUUCUGGAAUGCGAGAAAGAGGAGUGGGGAGGCCAGGUAAGCGCAGGACCCCUUCCUUAUGUCCCUAACAAUGCUUCAGUUCUGGUCUGACCGCCGUGCGGUGCGAACUGGCUUGUCACGCCAUCUGUGAAGUUACCUCUUAACGAAACCCCGUCGGCAUGGAGCCCGCUUCCGUUGAAGAGCAGCGCGUCGUAAUCAAGUUUCUCUCGAAACUCGGCAAGAAUGGCCGUGAAAUUUUUGCCGAUCUCAGAACAGUUUAUGGGGAUGAUGCUGUGAAGGAACCAACCGUCCACAAGUGGCUAAAAAGAUUCAGAGAGGGCCGAGAAAGCGUUCAAGAUGACCCACGUUCAGGACGUCCUUCCACUUCACAUUCCGACGAAAACGUGGAAAGAAUUCGAACUUGUGUUAAUGGGGACCGUCGUUUAACGGUCAGACAGUCGUGUGGCACGAGUUCGUCCAGAAUUGGCGCGAGAGGGGCGUUGGAUUCUUCACCACGACAAUGCCCCUGCCCACACCUCUCUUGUUGUCCGUGAGUUUUUGAGUAAAAAUUCCAUUACGGUGACCGAACACCCCCCUAUUCGCCGGAUUUGGCCCCGUGUGACUUCUUCUUGUUCCCAAAAACCAAAUUGGUACUUCGGGGGCGGCAUUUGGGGGACAUAAAUGAGAUAAAAAAAGCUACGACGGGACAGCUGAGAAACCUACAACCAGAGGACUUUCAAGGAGCCUUCUCACAGUGGAAACGGCGUUGGCACAAGUGCAUUAUGUCACAGGAGGAGUACUUUGAAGGGGAU